CGCUUUUAGCGAUUACACUCAUUAGAUAAUUGGACCUAUUGCCUUUUAUCAUUUAAAUAAACCUUGUUUGGCAGCAAGUGGCAACUAACCCCAAUCACCUGCCACCAAAAUGUUUACUGUAAACAAUGUUAACUGUUUCAUUAAAACCCGUUAUUCGCAUCUGUGCACUGUCCAGCUUCACUGCCCCAUUCCAUUCAUCAAACUUCACCACGAGCCAAAAUGAACCUAUUGCAAAUAGUGUUUUGCGUUCUAACAGCCACUCUGAUCGUAUACUCGAGCUUGAUCAACCUGCUGGAGCCACGAUUGCCACAGUUUCUUUCCAGAGUCUUCAGGUAUGGCAAAUUCGCAGUGCCAGGCAAGUCGGUCUUUGCAGUAGAAGUACCUAAGGCGUGGUUCAAGCAUUUCUAUAUUCUGGCUGUGGUUGAGUACAUCUGCUUUAUGGGAUUGUUGUCGCUUGUUUAUUUCGCGGGCAUGGCGGUUCCACCCCAGAUCAACUCAAUAUUAAACACGCUGUGUGGCCCAGAUAGAAUUGCUCGUUGCGGCAAGCACAAUGUGUACUUGGCAGCUUGUUUACUCACGACACAAGUGUUUCGUCGAUUUUACGAUACGCAGAAAGUAUCAGUUUUUGGCGAACAAAGCAAAAUGAAUUUAUCUCAUUAUGUUGUUGGUCAUUUGCACUAUCUGGGAACCAUUUUGGCUGUGCUUUGCGAAGCUCCUGAGUUUGCCUACACUUCAGAAAGUCAUAAGCAAUUGAACUUAAUAACAACAUCUAUAUCCGACAAAAUAUCAGUUCUAAUAUUUCUGUGCGCUUGGAAGCACCAGCAUAUAUGCACUAAGAUAUUGGGCAAUCUAAGAAAAAAUGAGGAUGGUGAUGUAGUGUCCAACGGCUAUAAAAUACCACAAGGUGAUUGGUUUAAAUAUCUAUCGUGUCCGCAUCAGACUGCAGAGAUUAUAAUGUACUCCUGCGUAACGUGGAUAUUGUGGUACAACGUCUCAUGGUUUUUCAUUUUCACUUGGGUGUUGGUAAAUCAGGUGGAAACUAUCUUGUUGUCUCAUUGGUGGUACAAAGAAAAAUUCGAUGAUUUUCCUAAACAAAGAAAGGCUCUCAUACCAUUUCUGUACUAAAUCAAGGGCUAUUCUAUACUGACCUCGUUUCCAAUUCUGUUAAUUUAAGUAUGUCCAUUACAAGCCGUUUACUGGAGAACUUAUUUUGUUCUGUUCCGGAUUAAUUCGUAAUCGUUAUUAAUCGACAGGUGGCUUAACAGAUUAAAGCUAAUUCAAAGCGUUGCCUUCGGACGAUUUUCAUAUUGCAAAUUUCCCUUUUUUAUUAAAUAUGUGGAGCUCAUAUAUAAUAAAUUAACAUAAAUAAAAAUAUUAAAUUAU